AUGGCACCUCCAGGACUCAGUCCUCCAGGAUACUCAAUGCCUCAGCGUGAUGUGCAUCGUGGACCACCACCCGAGGGGGCAGAUACGAACACUCGGCCUUAUCUCAUCUUCUUUGGUUACCUAGCAGCAUGUUUCGGGGUCGCAGUCUUUAUUAUCUUGAGGCUGCUGAAAAGAGCAUAUGUGCUGCAAAAGUCUACGACAGCGCACUUGCCUCCGAGAAAACAUGUCUGGCUGUUUGGCCUGCUCUCUGUCGGAAGCUUGGUCAUGACUUGGACGCACAUGGUCCAUUACUUCAAGAUCAGCUACGAUACAUGGCUCAUGUGGCGCAGCUAUUACGAGCUCGAUCCCCAUCAGAUGCAUUGGGGACUCUGGUUACAAGAGACGAGCUUGUUCAGAGAGGCUUGGGAGACUGUCAUCGUAGGCAAUGCGCGGUACUGGUGGUCACAUCAGAUCUUCUUCUUCGCAUUGGCCCUUGGAUUGUAUUUGGAACAAAAAGGUGUCCCUCGGGGUAUCCGAUACACGUGGGCUUUUAUGCUCCUGGGUCAGAUCGUCGCUAUCAGCUUCGCGACGAACCUCUUCUUCCUCACGCUGCUGCUCAGCCCUCCAGCACCUCCGCCUCCAUCCACAUCUGGCGCACAGCAGCAAAAGUGGUUGGGUCUGUGGCUCUUGAACUUAUUCGCCAUAUGUGCGACAGCAUACCCGGCUAUGCUACUCGCUGAUGAGCACUACUGGCAUCACCCAACGGCAUUCCUGCCCGUACUGCUUGCGCCACAUGUUGCACUGAUGAUUCUGCCCACUGUACGUGCUGUUGUCCCAGCCAGGUACUUUAACGAGGAUUUCGACUUUACGGAUAAGGUCUACAACUACAUGUGGGCCUUGGUUCUGGGUAAUGCAUGUCUGAUGUUGGCAUGGACGACCGCAACUGCGUACGCCUAUAGCGGCAUGGUGGGCGUCUGGUAUGCUCUGUCGGAACACCCGGCUGUCAGCAGUGUCGGCUACGAUGUGAUCUUCUGCUGGGUGUCAUGGAUCUGCUGGUACAGGACUCAGAGUCGCGGCAUGAAAAGGGUGUCGAAGACAUCUUCUGGUGGUCUCGAUGAUGGUCGCUCCCAGAAUGGCAUCGGGAUAGUAAUUGGCGCAAGCGGAUUUGAAGGAUCAGUUCGUCGACGUUAG